GGGAGUAGUAGUUUCAGUGAGGAUUUUAACAAAGGCUAGAAAAAGGCUCUCUUGUAAUCAAAAGAUGCCUAAAUUCAUUAUUAACACAAAUGCGAGCAAGGAUAAAGUGCCAGAUUGCUUGAUAGAAGAGCUCACCCAUCAACUACCAAAAGCAUUAGGCAAACCUGCACAGUAUCUAGCACUACAGAUUGAUCAGCUGCUGUCCUUCCAUGGCUCCAAAGACCCCUGCACCAUGUGCUUUCUCUACAGCAUUGGCAAGAUAGGAGACCAGGAGAACAAGGACUAUUCCAAGCUGCUGUGUGACCUGCUGAACAAACAUCUGAAAAUACCUGCAGACAGAAUCUACAUCAGCUACUUUGAUAUGAGUGCUGCCAACGUAGGCUGGAACUGUACCACCUUUGCUUAA